UCAAGUGCAGACGCAAACCCGCCGAGACCGUGGAGCGACGCGGCCGCCCCGCGCCCCGCGACUGCAUUCCGAAUUCAAAAUUGCUCACACAAACAUUUGAAAAUCGAACACUUCCCCGGACGUCUGUGGAUUUAAGAAAAAUAUUGUGUUUUGUGCCUGUACUUUUGAUGAAAUUGUUGAAUGAACACAGUUUUGCGAACAUUGCGGUGCUUUGUGUGCACGAUUGGGGUCAAAUAAAAAGCUCACCCCUAUGGUCCAGCGCGUAAGGCGCUCGGCACCAUGCACUCGUUCGACACGAUGUCCUACGGGCACAAGAAGUACCGGCCGCCGCUGUCGCCCGCCAGCUUCUACCAGCAGGACCUGUACUCCCGCCCCAACACGCUGCGCCCGCAGAGUGAGUACCGGUUCGCGGGCGGAGGGCACUACGGGGGCGGGCGGGCGCGCGGGGGCGGGCUGUGCUCGGCGGCGCUGGUGGGCGGCGCGCUGCUGGCCGCCGUCGCUGUGCUGGGCGUCGCCGCCCUCGCCUUCUACAUGGGCGCGCUUAGGCCUGAUAAUGGAGAACCAAUAAUGUCAUUCGAGGGUACGUUCCGCGUGACCCGAGGCGACGUGUACGGCGGCUCCCCGGACAGCCCGGCGUGGCGCGAGCGGGCGCGACGCUACGGCGCCUCGCUGCGCCAGGUGUUCGCCGCGCCCUCGCCCCUGAGGCACGCCUUCUCGGGCGCGCUCGUCACCGGCUUCGGAGACAGGAGACUCGAUGUGCACUUCAGGCUGUAUCUUGAUCGGAGAAAAAUUCCGAGCACAGUGUCAAAUAUUGAAGAAACGCUGAAGAAUAUUUUAGUGCAAGAUUUGCUUUCGAAGCAUCCAGCAUUUGGGCAAAUAAAAGUAGAUACGUCUAGUAUAGUAAUUAAGAGAGACCUAGAACACACGUACCAUUCUGAAUCGUACGUAAAGGAAGCAUUAAAUGAAAGUAUGGCAGUAAAUAAUCCUAAGAACUUAUCACAACAAAGUAAAGAUAAAGUUUUGCAAAGCAGAGUGGGUGUAGUAAGGAAGACAACUGUUAAACCAAAUAAAAAGUUCGAUGAACCAGAAAUAGACACUGAAAACUUGCCAGUUGUGCAGGGAUCAUUUGGUUCGUUUCAGAUAACUAAGACUGAGGCUGAUAUAACCGAGAACAAACAAAAUUCUAGUCCAAGUCGAAGUGAAGAGAAAGUAAGUCACAAGCCAAUAACUGCGGCCAAACCAACAACUGUUAGAACAACAACAAAAAAACCUCCAACCUCAACACCGAAAUCACGACCAUUUACCAUAAUGUCCACUCUUAAUGUGAAACAACGGACAGAAGCUACGCCUAAGUUGGAUAAAACCACAAAGAAAUCAGUGGCAACGACGAGCACGACACCAUCGACCACCACAGUCAUUUCUACCACAAGUAAUGUCUCACAACUUCUUUUAGAGCUUUUGACCAAUGAAAACCAUUACAAGGACUUGCCUAAAAUAGAUACAUUAUUUACGGUACCUCAUGUAAUAGACAAUGAACCAUGGCGGCCAAUUACUAAACCGUACUAUGAACCUACCGAUAAACCGAUCGAUUUCCCAGCUGUGGAUCAAGCGGAGGAUAGGAUUGGGGUAGCGGAAGUGGUUGAAGAUAUAUCUGCUUUAGAGAGUUUACUGACCCCAAUUCCACCAGUCAGAAACAAAGAGAAGCCAACUAGGAAACCUGCAAGCAUAUAUGGUGUUGAUUCAGGUUUAGCAGCAGAAGUUUAUGUUCCAAGUCCAGUAUAUACCAGCUUUACAUUACCAACAUUUGCACCUCCGCUUAAAAAUACGGAAACAUUGGGAUCUAGUUACCCUAAACCACAUCCUAUUCCUGUUGAUAAAAUUAGUGGGGUAGUAGAAAGCAUUGAAGAGCCAUACAAUAGUAAAGAUGACAAUGAUGGAAAACCAGUUGAACGACCACCAAAGGAGAAAACAACAUCAGCGUCAUUGAAUGUGGUACAAUUUGACCAGCAGGAUAAUAGUACAGAGAAAAUAUUGGUUGAUGGUGGAUCCAUUGUCAAGAAACAAAAUGUUACUUCCACAACACCUGUACUUGAAUCAAAGUCAACAUUAAUAAACAUUGAAGCUACAACAGAAAUAAAUGAUUAUACGACAAGCCAAGAAAUUAUAGAUAGCAUUUCAAGUACAGAAAUCAGUAGUAGUGAAAGCGUUAAUAGUACUGACGUUGAAAAUAACAACAAAACAACUGUAGAACAAUCAACGCGGAGAACCAAUGACAAAGUAUCAGUUAUACCGAGCACAAAUACUCCACACCACACGUGGGAGUUAGUCAACACCUCGACUAAUCAAAAUGAUACUACUAGUAAACACUCUCCCGAGAAAUAUUACAACGACACUUUGCAAGCUAUCAUAACCAAAAAUGAUGCCCAAUUUCCUAACACGACACCCAAAUUUCCGAGUAAGGUAUCAAUAUUACGAAAUUUAACCGAAAUAAUAAAACGUUAUUCGCAAGGAUCCUCAGAAAAAGCACAAAAACUAACCAAUAGAACUGAAGCAGCAGAACGGCAAAAUAAUGAUAAGAUGGUUGGAUCCUCCGAAGUGGUAAUUGAAGAAGAAGAUAUUGACCCAACCACAUCAAAAGUAAUCACAUUACUGCCAGCGAAGUCUAACUUAGGAAUGAACCGCCCCCUAAGACCUCGUCCUAAAACAAGUUCAAAAAACUCAGAAGAUAGCCGUCGCAGUUUUUUUCGUACUAACUACCACGAAUUAGCAGACGACGGCGCUACUACGGAACACCUCAUACCUAUAAUGAAUGUUACGAAGUCUGUGCCUGCUACACAAGCUUCAGAAAUAAUAACCUCUUCAGAUUUCAUGGAUGGUGCUGAGACGGAAAACCGCUACAUUCUAGCCAAUAUUACAGAAAGUGUGAAAAUAGUUGAUGCUGUAAAUGGAAACGCAACAGGAAGUAACAGGCUUGGUAAAACUAGCAGUGGUCUUAACACAGCUUUAAAUGAUAAUGACUUAACAGAAAGUAAGGAAGAAGUGAAGCCACCGAUAGUCCCUGAAGGCACAUAUCGUGUGUCAUACCAUAUCACAGGAAGUGUAAGUAGCAAGCAAGCUAACAAAACAAAAAGCCUUCCUGCUUAUGAGCUUAAACUAGAACCAGACGUGGUGCUUGAAAUACCUGUUAAUCAAACAAACACAUUGACCAUUGAUAAACUGCGUCAAUUAGCCAGUCUUGCUACCAUUUCAGACUCCAAGAACAACACAUUAUUUCGGGCACCAGGAGGAGUAAUAUCUACGAAAGCUAUACCAUCAAGCUACAACAUAAACCAGGCAGGGUUUAAAAUACUGACGAAAACUUACAAUAAAAUCCAGUCAACCAAACAAGACGAAAACAACUUUGACAAAAACUAUGCAGACAAACCGUUUGGAAAGCCAAAUUACAAUAAAGUGGAAAAGGAACCAAUCGCAAAUAAAGAAGUCAUAAAGAUAGAAGAGGAUUGUAACAAUGCAACGUCAUUCCGCUGCUCGUCCGGCGCGUGCCUGCCUCUGACGUCACGAUGCAACCGUCUGCUGGACUGCCCCGGCGGAGAGGACGAGAGGACCUGCUCCUGCGCAGACUACUUGCGAGCCGAGUUCUCUCAGGCCAAGAUCUGCGAUGGAGUCGUUGACUGCUGGGACUAUACUGACGAGAAUAAGUGCUCAUGGUGUAAAGAGGGUCAAUACGUUUGUGCGAACGCGAAGCAGUGCCUGGAUAUGACGCAGGUGUGUGACGGUAACCCCGACUGCCCACUUGGAGACGACGAAAAAAGUUGUGUCGCCCUCACUGAUGAUCUUGAGGACAACGAAGUAGUGCCUUACAGCGAGGAAGGUUUCGUGAUGGUAAGAAAGCGUGGCGUUUGGGGCAGACUGUGCGUGGAGAGCUUUGCCGAUGUCGUAGCGGAAGCACAAAGCUCUCUCCAACUCCCUGAUCUCGGCCGCGCAGUUUGCAAAUCUAUGACCUUCCACGACUCCCCAUGGGCCCGUGAGGCGCGUGAGGGUCGGCAGGCCAGCAGCCGCGGCUACUGGGAGGUGUGGCACAACCGCGGCGCGCGCGCGGCCGACACAAGACUCACGUUCAAGAGGACCUCGUGCCCCAAGAAGCGAGCCCUCAGAGUGCGGUGUAAGGAGCUGGACUGCGGGAUCAGGCCGCAUGCGGAUGCUCAGCAACCAAGGCGUGUUGUUGACCGCGUUCGCUGGAGCAGGGUGGUGGGCGGCGGCGGCGCGGCGGCGGGCGCGUGGCCGUGGCAGGCGGCGCUGUACCGCGACGGGGACUUCCAGUGUGGAGCCACGCUGGUGGCACGGGAGUGGCUGCUGUCGGCCAGCCAUUGCUUCUAUCAAGCAACAGAAGCGCACUGGGUGGCGAGACUCGGAGCGCUGCGGCGCGGGGCGUGGCCGCGCGGGCCCUGGGAGCAGAUCGCCAGGAUACGACAGGUGGUCCUGCACCCGCGCUACCAGCCGCGCGGGUUCCGCAACGACAUCGCGCUGCUCCGCGUGGACCCGCUAGCCCUCCACGCAAGGCUCCGGCCCGCCUGCCUGCCGCCGCCGCGCGCGCAGCCGCCGACCGGCCACCACUGCACCGUGGUCGGCUGGGGGCAGCUGUACGAGCAUGAGCGGGUGUUUCCGGACACACUGCAAGAAGUAGAACUGCCAGUGAUCUCUACAGCCGAGUGCCGGCGCCGCACGCGCCUGCUACCGCUGUACCGCGUCACCGACGACAUGUUCUGUGCGGGCUACGAGCGCGGCGGCCGCGACGCCUGUCUGGGGGACUCGGGAGGACCACUCAUGUGUCAGGAAUCCGACCACAAAUGGUACAUCUAUGGCGUGACCAGCAACGGCUACGGCUGCGCGCGCGCCAACCGCCCCGGCGUCUACACCAAGGUGUCCAACUACAUCGACUGGAUCGACAGCAUCAUGACCUCCUACAGCACCGCCAACGACACUAGCGCCAGCGGCGAGGCGGACGAUCCAGACAACUUCUACACAGACCUCGAAGCGGCGGAGAACAGACGGGCGACCAAGUUCGACACUUGCAGAGGGCACCGCUGUCCUCUAGGCGAGUGUCUCCCGGCCUCCAGCGUCUGUAACGGUUUCCUGGAAUGUGCCGAUGGCAGUGACGAGUGGAACUGCAGCAAAACGGAACCUAAUAACUCCACCAUAUUGAAUCCAGAUUGAUAACGUUUGUCUGCUAAAAUUAGAAUUCACAUUUUCGAAUUCCUUCGCUUUUAAGAGGAAUGGUUGUAACAUAUUUUAAUUAUUUUAUUGUUAGGUAAGCCAGUAUAAACAUAAUCAUAGAAUAGAAUCUGAAUUCGACUGAUAUAUUGUAAGUAGAAAUAACAAAUCGAUAGCAAAUGUAUUGCGAAGCCGAAAUUGCACUGUUUGUUCGUAUGCACACUGUUGGAAUAUAAUAGAUUCUUCUGAAGCUUGGCUUCUGAAGUUAGAAUUACUCCUCUUCAUUCAGAGAUACUAAUUCUGAAUUCAGAGAUCAGGCCACUGCCAUACUUUUAAAACUUGGUUGUGUAAAUAUGAAAUGUUCUUAGUAUUAACGUUAGCUCAAGAUUGCUUCGAGCAAUGUCGCAAUAAUGUUGAAAAAUGGAAUUAUUUUAAUUAAUAAUUUUAAAUUAUGAUAAGUAUUUAGAGUGAAGCUAGGCUACAAGCAGUUAGGUCACAAGAGUUGUUUACCACUAGGUACUUUAUGCUAAACUAUUUAUUGAAGAUCAUGGCCGACCUUUUCCGUUUGAGUGCUGGAUAUCAAAUGGACGAUGUUUUCCAUGAAUAUAAAUAUACAAUUCAGAAAAUAUU